GUGUGUCCGGCGCCUGGCGACUCUGGUCCGUCCAACUCCGCCAUGGGCCUGGAGCUCUACCUGGACCUGCUGUCCCAGCCCUGCCGCGCCGUCUACAUCUUCGCCAGGAAGAACGGCAUCCCCUUCGAGCUGCGCACCGUGGAGCUGCUCAAAGGCCAGCACCUCAGUGACGCCUUUGCCCAGGUGAACCCCAUGAAGAAGGUGCCAGCCCUGAAGGAUGGGGACUUCACCUUGACAGAGAGUGUGGCUAUUCUGCUCUACCUGAUGCGCAAGUAUAAGGUCCCUGACUACUGGUACCCUCAGGACCUGCAGGCCUGUGCCCGUGUGGAUGAAUACCUGGCAUGGCAGCACACGACCCUGCGGAGAAACUGCCUCCGGGCCCUCUGGCAUAAGGUGAUGCUCCCUGUUUUCCUGGGUGAGCCAGUAUCUCCCCAGAUGCUGGCAGCCACCCUGGCAGAGUUGGACGAGACUCUGCAGUUGCUCGAGGACAAGUUCCUCCAGAACAAGGCCUUCCUCAUCGGGUCCCACAUUUCCCUGGCUGACCUGGUGGCCAUCACAGAGCUGAUGCAUCCUGUGGGUGCUGGCUGCCAAGUCUUUGAAGGCCGACCCAAGCUAGCUGCAUGGCGUCAGCGUGUGGAGGCGGCAGUGGGGGAGGACCUCUUCCAGGAGGCCCACAAGGUCAUUCUGAAGGUCAAGGACUCUCCACCUGCGGACCCCACCAUAAAGCAGAAGUUGAUGCCUGGGUUGCUGGCCAUGAUCCGGUGAGCCAGGGAGCCCGACCCCUGCAUUGCCCUUGGCAGUUCACAAAGCACUUAAAUUUCCAAUGUCCCAUGGGAGGCAGGCCCAGAGAGCAGGAGUGACUUGCUCAAGACUUGCCUGAGUCCCAUGGUACCUUAGCUCCUCAGGCCAGGGCUCCACCCUCACCCUCUCUUCCCCAGCUGCCUGAAAGCCAUGAUGAGAAUGAUACACACCCAGACCUUGUCUCCUUUAAUCACAGCAGUUCAUUUUAAGUUUGGAUAAUGAACGUGGGCUCAACCUGAGCCUCUGCUUCUAACACUGAUGUGUGAUUUAUUUGACCUUCCUUUGUCCUGGUGCUAGUCUUGGUCUCUAUCCAAAAAACAACUUUCCUUUGCAGACCCUGUGAGUCAGUUUUCCCCUGAUGGUUGCCAAGAGUGAAAUUAACAAAUGCCCUGUAGCUUUCUAGUUCUUGGAGAAAGUGAUUUGUCAGAUGGCACAGGGGUCAGCAGGCAUCCCAGUUGUGUUGGCUGUAGGCAUGCCUAUGAUCAGUUGGCUAGACCAGCCUCCCUGGACAUUGCCCCCAGCACAAAGUACUGAUCUGGAGUCCUGCAUCUGUUCUGAGGAAUUGGUUGGGAGAAGAAAAUCCAAAUAGCACCUUUCCUGUCAGGACCCAGUCAUGCAGGGGCUUAAAUGACAUGCCUAGACGCUUGGCUAUAAACUGUAAAUAGGAAUGGAAUGCUCUGAUUGCAUUUUAGAAUAAUAUUCUGGCUGCUGGUGGGGGUUGGACUGGAAAUUGGCCAGGGAGGAAGCAGAGAGAUUGGAUAUUGCAGUAAUUCGGGCCAAAGGUGACUUGUUGAGAAGGGCAGGCCACCAAAGGGGUGGCUCUUCUUGGCUUGGAGAGGGCUGCAGCACUAGACCAGGAAAACACUCUCCUGGGGGGAUAGGUCUUCUUUUUCUGUUUUGUUUUGUUUCUUAAAAUUUCAGAGACUAAUAUUUUUCUCAUUAUAUUGUUGUCAUUCACCAGUCUUCUUUAAAUGGGGACCAUGGGGGACCAGGGGGGCAAAGCUUUUCUCAAGUUUUCCAAUAACCUGUCCUCUUUCCGAGGGACUUUCUCUGAAUCUUGAUGUAGGGUAAAUGAUGGACAGAGCCCUAUUCCCCCCUCUCAUGCAUACCAGCAUUCCUCCUCCCCCCUGGAUGCCUGCCCUGGCCAAGGUAGUUACCCAAAGAAAGGCACUCCCCUUUAAGAUAAACAAAAUGCUGGAGGGAGUGGGGACCCUAAGUAAAUGAACAAACACUCUGGCACCAGGAGAGUGGCCUGUAGAUUAACUUGUCUACCCAGCCAGCUCUCAGGUCUGUGCUGAGUUAUGUGAGCUGGGUGAGGGUCUGCACGUAAGCCUGAAAAUGAUUUACACCCCUACUUUGAUCUGUUGACUAUAUAACUGAUAUACGUACUCUGUGGCAGCGCAGAUUUCUUACUGACCAGCUGCCAUCGGUGUCUCUCCUAAGUCUAAUAAACAUAUGUUUCUGCCCACU